UGAAGAAAGGAGCAGAACAUAACGAAACAACCUCCAGCCCUGAUUAAAAUCCAUGCGAUUCAAAAAUCACAUGGCAACCUAGUGUUCCAACUGACUCGGUCUCGUAACUCUGGAGAGGUCAACAUCACCGGGUGGAGUGGGGUGACGGGUUGACUGAUCGCGGAGACUACUGAGCCAAAGGCCCACGGUGCGUUUGACCGAAACCGUCGCUCCAUACGGUUCCGGCGCUACCCACAGCCGUUUUAAGAUGGCAAGAUUAGUCGACGUGGCCCCGAAUAGGGACAUUUCCUCAGCCGGUCACUCUAGGCCGGAUCCGAGCCUCAGUGUGAGUCCCGCAGCCGCCAGCACCACCCCUCAGAACGACAAAACAUCCGGGCUGGCACUUCGCGAGUCCCUGUUGAGAGGCUCUCUAUCCGCUGAAGCUCAACACGCCUUGAUGACGACGAGUGAGUUACGGAAAGGCCUUUUCAGCAGUCCGAUACCAGACGAUAUUCGGAAAGCCGUCGGGGCUCCAGCUGUCAGUCCAAAUAACACAUCAACAUGCAUGACUCGAUCCAGCCCGUUCAAUACAUCGGACAAUCGGGCGGCUGCUAGUGGCACGGAAAUCGUUGAACCCCAGCCGGUCAAGCAUGCGAUGGAGAGAACCAUUAUUACAGACCGGUCCCAUUUUCCAGGCUUCGAUUGGAACGGGCGUAUCUCCAGGGCCCCGUUCAAGGCCAUCAGCCCCAUCAAUUCAAUUCCCAUACAAAGGGCUACCCAGGAACCCGAGCCAGUUGGAAAUAUAACCGGAAUACUAAGAGCCACCAGCGUUGAAAGUCAGACCUUGAAGCGCAAGAGGGACGACGACCUGGAAUCAAGCGAGCCGUGGAAAUCUCCUAAUCAUUCACCAGAGUCUCCCCGUCCAACGGCCACUUCAACCAACAGGACCCCGGCCAACCAGCAAGUCCUCUCUCAAAGCUCUAGUUCGCGGGUUGGAAGCCUCUUUUCGACUGCUUCAAAAGCGUUUAAUGCCACUUUUCCUCGAUUUGCAUCAUCGAGCCCCGUCAUCCCAACACCCCCUACGGCGACAAAAACCUCUCCCUUGCCAGUAGACUCAAAGGAACCAGGGCCUAAUGAUGCCAAAGGAUCUGGGACAACGCUAACACCGUGGACUCAACUUGUCCAGGAUACGUUAGCUCCCCGUGCAUCUAAGCCUGGCACUUCCUUGGCAGCAGCGGACACGGAAAUGUCUGACAUUUAUCACGGGACCGAAAUCCCUGAUGAUAGUGAAGACGAGGAUUAUCACGUGGGUGACAUUGGUGAAAGUGUUGGUGAUGAUGAUCAAGAGGAAGCCCCACCCGUGUCUCGGGGGUUGUAUACCGCCGAAAAUGGGCGACCGUACACGGUCUGGCGGCAGGCGGGUAACGAGAUAGCGACAUCUGGGGCUCUCCUGCCCACGGCCUACCAACCACUUACGAGCACGCAUCCCAACAACCCAUGGGUCUGCCCGAUUCGGACAUGUCGACGAACUUUCCCUAAAAUUGCCAGUCUGGGUGCUCACUUCAUUAAAUUGCAUAGGCGAGAGAACUUCAACGACAAUUGCGAUGGAACCUUCUCUGUUGUCGGCGGGCGAAACCGCUUCGGGUUUUCACCUGCAGCAAUCGUAUCUAAGAAUCCCCUGGGCCCCAAAGAACAACCCAUGCCAGAACCGUCACUGCCUGACCUGCUACAUCAAUCCUCCAGAGCUUCAAACCGAGCGGUCCCACCACCUCACUCGGCCAUGGCCCAACCCGCGCAGACGUUUUCCCGCGUGGAGGAUGAAGACAGUCAGACAUCCCGGGGCCUCUCGGCUGAGGCUUCACGCAUAACUAGUCUUGCCAACUGGAAAACCAUCCAGCCCUUACUAAAGAACACACCCUUCUCGCCCAUGCCGAUGAAAGGUUAUGUCCCCGAGCUACUGCCACUUCCUCGCCGCCGAGACAUUAAGUUUAAUCCUCAGGCCCUCCAUCCCUAUGCUGAGAGACUGCCACAGGACAUCAGCGCCUUGUUGAUGCAGUUGACAGGCGUGGAACCACCCGAGCCUUGUGUCAGGUGUCAACAUGGCAAAGGCCCCUUUCAAGGCUGCAUUGUCAUGUCAACAGAGGCCCCUACCCUUGCGCGACAGAUGGUCACUUCAUGCGCCAACUGUUUCUACAAGGGCAACCAAACAUACUGCAACCUCAACAAAUGGACGCGGACGACUUAUCCUGAGCUCUUUGGGGUUGGCUCCAAGCAGUCGUCGCCAUUGUCUGGACUUGAAUCCGCCAAAUGUGGUGGACCGCCACAAGAAACGAGCUCGGAAUUUAUCGCCGGGCCUGAGCCGUCUAAACGUCAAUCUUUGAGAAAAAUGGGAAAUUCGGAAUCUGGCGAAGAAUACAUUUCCGUAUUCGGAUAUAUUCCAAACCAAGAGUCUUCGAGCGCGUCAACAAGCAGCGACAAUGCUGUUUCGCACACUACCCCGGAUGACGUUGAACCCAAGGCCCAAACGCUACGACUUGCCAACGGCCGUCAGCUCCGUACCAAGAACCGAGCUGGUCUUCGACGGUCUACUGAUUGCAGUGACAAUGUUCCGUCCGGUGUAAACACCGCCCAACCCGACGCUACCCAAGACCUACCGUUGGAGGAAUGGGAGGAAGCGCCAGGUCGCAUACGCAACGACUCGAGCGGGCGCAUUGAAAAUGUCGCCUUCUCCACAUCCUAUCUGACCCACAGCGAGCCCGUCGGCGUCGCGCCCAAUGUGCGGUUUAACGUGCUAGUCGUCAGACCGGGGAAUUCUCACCACUUCGAGGCCAGCCAUGGGAAGUUGCGCUCGUGUUCUGUAGCGGCUGGAAAGGUCCAGGUGAAGAUGCCGGGACAGCAGUUCAAUCUUGGCAUGAACGGGCUGUUUAUUAUCAAGAGUGGCACGUCUUGUAUGGUCAAGAAUCGGUUUUAUGGUGAUGCUGCGUUGCAUGUCACUGAGAUCAGUGAAGUUACUACGUUGUAGGAUAUAGGGAGAUUUGAAGACAGGUCCAGCUGUUUCUGGAGAAGGACAUACGAUUGUCACUAGAGCUGUCUUGAUGCAGUAGAUGCAUCCCGUAGGAAGCAGACUAGCCCACUUUAUAUGACUCAGGGCAAAUACCGUGCA